AUGGAUACCGAAAACCUGAGAACCGCGUUCAACAAUUAUGCAAACAAAGCAACCGGGCAGCUUGAAAGCAGAAUGUUCGUCAAAUUAUUCAAGCAAGCGGGUCUGUUAAACUCAAAAUUCACUGCUAACGACGUAGACGUCAUCUUCGUCAAGCAUAGAACCAAAAUACCGACGCAACGGUUUUGGUGGAGAAAGCGGGUCCUCCCUUAUACUCGGGGACAGAAACCCUUCCCGUGCGUUUGCACGACGAUAAAAGCGGCUACACCGGCGUUCACGCCCACGGAGGACCAUCGUUCAAGUGAUCAAACGACGCCCUCAUCCUGUGGACAGUGUGGUUGCGUCCUGAUAUGUUACACUCAUGCUUUAAAACAUACCUGA